UACAGCAUGGGUACCAUGGCUCAGGAGCCACGGGGGGGCUGCACAAGGGUGAUGGAUAGCUCUGCCCUGCCUACUGAUUCCCCCGGGGACAUGUCCUCUGGCAGUAGGACACAAAACCUGGAGGUCCUCUGCCCUUGGGGCCCUGCCAGCCUGCCUGGAACCCUUGGCUCACUGCAGACUCUUUCUUCAGCAGCCCCACCAAGCAGUGUGCUCCCUGUCCACACCUGCACCGUGUACCGGCCCUGGUUCUCACCCUACAGCUUCUUCAUGUGCACCCCAGGAGUCACCCAGCACUACCGGGGCAGCCUCACCUCCAGACUCACCUCCAGCACCCAGGACCCCGAGGAGCCCGACGACCUCUCAGAGAUCAUCUGCUCUUCCUCUGACUCCUCGGGGAAAUCCCAGCACCCGGAGAAGGAGAGGCAGGACAAAAGCAGAGCCAGCAUCACCGUCCGGGAGCUCCUCGGGGCAUCCCGGCAGCAGCGGGGGUGCCGGCAGGGCUAUCAGUGCCUGUCCUGCUGCCGCAUCUUCCCCACCCUCUGGUCCCUCAAAACCCACAUCGAACACAGCUCCCAGGAGGGUUACAGCUGCAAGGUGUAUUACCGCAGGCUCAAAGCCUUGCGGGAAAAGGAGCAGCAGGAGCGGGAGGCUGCAGCCCGCAAGGUGCCGGUGUAA